GACAGUUGACAUUGUGACAGCCAGCACGAAGAAAAGCGGAAAAAAAUCAAUCAUUUUGCACGCAGUGAAAUAAAGCGCAUUUUCAUUUUUAUUCGCUAUUUUCCACGGAAUACGCUACCGAACUUUGUGCCAAUGAUUCAGUGAAUUGCCGGUGCGCGCGUGAAAAGUGUUCUAAUCCGAUCCGAGAAUGGCCGUAGUGAUCGAAACGACCAUCGGCGAUGUCACGGUGGAUCUGUACCUGACGGAACGUCCCCGUGCGGCCCUGAACUUUCUGAAGCUGUGCAAGUUGAAAUACUACAACUUUAACUUGUUCCACACUAUCCAGCAUGGAUUCAUCGCACAAACGGGAGAUCCCGGUGGUUCCGGCGAGGGAGGUUCGUCGAUCUGGGGAGUGCUGGAGGGGAAGCACAAACGAUACUUCGAAGGGGAAGCCGUGCCGAAAAUUAAGCACGCCGAACCGGGACUGCUGUCCAUGGUGUGCGCUGGAGAGGGACUGAUCGGGUCGCAGUUCUUCUUCACGCUGGGACCAGAUUUGGCAUCACUGGACGGUGGAGGACAUGUGGUGAUUGGAGAAGUUACCGAAGGCCAUGAAGUGUUGCGGAAGUUGAAUGAAGCCAUUUGCGACGAGAAGCAUCGUCCGUACAAGGAUGUCAGGAUCACGCAUACGGUCGUGCUGGAGGAUCCUUUCGAUGAUCCGAGAGGAUUCCGUGAGCCGAGCAGAUCGCCGUCACCGUCGGCUGAGCGACUUGCCGGAGGGAGGAUUGCCGCGGAUGAAGAAAUUGACGAUACCGAGGGCAAGACGGUGGAGGAAAUAGCGGAGAUGUUGGCCGAGAAGGAGGCCAAGGCACGAGCUACGAUUUUGGAAAUAGUGGGAGAUAUUCCCGAUGCCGAUAUUGCACCGCCGGAGAAUGUGCUAUUUGUUUGCAAGCUAAACCCGGUGACGACGGAUGACGAUCUGCAGAUCAUCUUCAGUCGAUUUGGGAAGAUCAAGGGGUGCGAGGUGAUCCGGGAUAAAGUUUCCGGGGACUCGCUGCAGUAUGCUUUUAUUGAGUUUGAGGAUAAGAAAUCCUGCGAGGAUGCGUACUUCAAAAUGGAUAACGUGCUGAUUGACGAUCGGCGCAUUCACGUUGACUUUUCGCAAUCCGUGGCGAAGGUACGCUGGCGAGGAAAGGGCAAAGGAAUUGAGUUCUUGGAUGGAAGCGACAAGAAAUCAUUCAAGGACAUCGAUUACAAAGAUACAAGGAGAGAUCGCAAGCGGGCUCCAAGUCGGCUGAGGAAGUCGGUAAGUUCCGGAUCGAGAUCCAGCAAAUCUGCCUCCCGUAGUCCGAGACGUAGACGUAGUCCUGCGAAGCGACAGACAGGAGGCGGAAGAGGUGGUGGCCGCAGAGGGCGUUCGCCAUGGCGCCGCAAUAGUGGUGGUCGCCGUGGGGGAGAUAAUCGUGAGAAACGCGACAAACGAGUCCUGUUGGCGGAUAGUAAUGCUUUUCACCAUGAAGAACGUAAUGGGCGAGACAUUCGGGUGGUCCAAGGCAAGUUGGACUACAAGAAUCGCCCUUAUCCAUCCAGUUUCAUAAAACGUAAUGCGACGGGAGGACGGGCCGCCGGUGGAGGAAGCCGCAGUUCCCGUUCGCCGGUUCGAAACCGACAGCAGCGUCGUUCUCGUUCCCGUGAUCGUCGUCGGUCUUCCCGCUCACGUAGUAUCAGUUACCGUAGGAAACCGUCGGAAUCUCCCGACCGUCCUCAGCGCCGUGAUCGUGAUCGAAGCCCACUCGAACGUCGUUCGUGGAGAAGUCGUUCCCCGCUGCGCCGUAGAUCCCGCUCGCCGGAAUGCAGCCGAAACCGUCGGGAUUCGAGCCCUCCGACCCGUCGCAAUCAAUCCCCCCUCCCCAGAUCCAAAGCGGUCGCUUCGAUUGACAAACAUGGCAGCAAAAAGGCAAAGAAAAAGCAUUAUUCAUCGGAUGCUUCCGAGUCCGAUUCACCGGGUAGAUCGUCCUCCGAUGAGCGUUCCAAGAAGAAAAGCAGCAAGAAGAAAUCUUCGUCCAGCAAGAAAAAGUCCAAGAAGAGCAAGAAGUAUUCAUCCGGCGGCAACAGCAGCGCUUCGGACUCCAGCGACGACGACAAAAGGAAGAAGAAGAAGAGCAAGAGCAAGAAAAAGAAGAAGUGAACUUGAUGAUUUGCGAAUUGAUAACGAAUAGUCAGUAAGAAGCAUCCCCGUUAACUCUAAAUACGAACUGGUGACGAGCUGAUUACCUACUGCUGAUGAGCCUUUUCAUGAUUGAACUUUAAUUGAUUGGAUAUUGGAUGUAAUGAAGAGAAAUUGUGCAAAAUAA